AUGGCAUCCCUCAUCCAGAUGGAAGAGACUGCGCACGCACAGGAUCUGCGGCCCAACGAUGAGUGCUGGGCUUUGGCCCUGUCUGCCUGGAAGCUCUCUCCUGCGAUGCGCCAGGCCUGGUCCCUGGGGCCGUUCUUGGAGCCACCGGGCGCUGUUCGUGCGGCGGUGCCAGCCGGGGACGACCAGAUUUGUCCAGCCGGUAGCCCCUGGAGCUUCGCUGCGGCGAACUGCUCGUCCUUGGGAUCGCGGCAGUCCUGGAAGCUGUGGCCCGUCUUGCUCGAUGUGCCUCGCUACAUCCACGACCUGCGAGGAUGCGGCCGCGUGCGGCGUGAUCUUUGGGGUCCGACUGGCGAGCUGACUCGACGCCUGGUCUGUGCCUUUCCCGCCAGGCGCCUGGUGUACCUGUGCUUGCCCACCGCGUCCUGUUCUCCCCCGGAAGUCGCUGCGGGUCCGGUUGUGCUGUGGAUGGCGUGGAUCUUCGGAGCACGGCAGGCGCUAGAAAACUUGCCGUCUCCGCGUCUUCUCCACGCCAAUGCCUCCUUCGAGCGACGUCUGCCGCGGAAUCUGCCGCGGGACGCCUGGAUUCACGUGCGCGUGCAGGGUCGCCUCGGGAACCUACUGCUGGACCUGGCCAAUGCCAUGGCAGUUGCUGUGCAGACGAACGCCCAAGGGGUGGUCUUGAGCCGCGGGCACCACCUCUUCUCCCGACCGGGAGAGGUUCUCCCUGGUCUCUUGGGCGAGCUGCUGGAGGUGCCCCUGCCCGUCCCGGAGUCCAUCCGCCGUGAUGCGAAUGUGGUAGCAUCCCUUCGGAAGCUGCAGAGAACAGCUCAAGGCACGGGCGCGCCCAGCCAAACGGCUGGCGUCUCCGCCGCCACGGUAUGGUCCCGAAGCUCUUUGGGAACUGGGGAGGGCAGCUUCCUCAGCUCCAAGCUUACGUUGCCUCUUCGCCGGAGGUUUCUCCAGACGGUUCUCUGGCCUUUGCUGAAUCGGACUGCAUGUCCCCCUUUACCCACGCCGGCGCCGCGGCUCACGGUGCACCUCAGGGGUGGUGACACCAUCCCAGCCCUUUCGCCGGACCAUGCUCAACCUCCCUGUGCAAUCUACGACCACAUCAUGAACUCUGGACGUUUCCAAGAGCUCGAGAUUGUGGCCGAAGACGACCGGAAUCCUUGCUUGGCACACCUUCGGACUAACUAUGCGAAGAUGCUCACACGCGCUUGGGUUGGAGGCUCCUUCGAGGAGGCGGUUUGCCGCCUGCUCUCUGCACGGAACCUGGUUUUUGCCACCAGCUCGCUCACAGGAAACUUGGCCCUCGUCGGCCACGCGGAGAAUGUCUUCGUUCCAUUGCCCACGCCCAUGAUUUCACCAGGCACCACGUCAUUUGGCUUUGCUUUCGAUGCAUACCUCGGCCAGCUCUGCUCAACGUUUUCCUCGGUCACGGGCUUCCUUCCCAACAUGGAGUAUUUCGUGAACGACUCCGUUCCACUCCACGAGCUUGGAACCGGUUCCGGCAGUCUGCAUGUGACGCAAGGAGUGCCAGCAGAGCGAACGAGAGAUUAUCCUCUGGAAAACAUUGAGAUCUACCAGUGCUGA